CUACCCUUUGUUUUUCCAAUGAAAUGCAUCCUAGCAUGAAAUAUAAAUAGAAUUCAUUCCUUUCAAAGCCGAUUCACUUUAGUCCCCUUAGCGUAAACGAUUCAUAUUAAGAAGCCAAAGUACGACAGCCAUGGCAGGCAGCCUGUUGUUUCCAAAGAGUUUGCCUUCGUUGCAAUGUCGUCGUGGAAUAGUUGGUGCAACAAUUAGUGCACCAAGGGUUCUCUGGGGAACUUUCUCUCUCCCAAAGCUCUCUAGUAGAGGUUUGGUCGAGGAAUCGGAAAGGAGAAAUGGUUGUACACUUGCAACCACUACCCUUCUGGAAAACGAUUCCAAUCUUUCUAGCCAGAAAACCCAGAAUUAUUCAAGACAUAACACAAAAUCUUCUGAUCCUAAGGUGAUUGCCAAGCUUUUUGCAAUUAUGGAAGCUGUUGCGGAUAGGGUGGAGAUGCAUAAGAAUAUUGGAGAGCAGCGUGAUAACUGGAAUCACCUUCUUUUGACUUCUAUUAAUGCCAUGACUCUCACUGCUGCCACCAUAGCUGGACUCGAAGCCACAAUUGCAGCAGGGCCUCCCCUUAAGGCACUCAAGCUCUCUUCUACUGGGCUUUACAUAGCAGCCACUGGCUUUUUGGUGAUGAUGAACAAGAUUCAACCAUCACAGCUUGCUGAAGAACAGAGAAAUGCUGCAAGAUUAUUCAAGCAGCUUCAUGGUCAAAUUCAAACAACAUUAUCUCUUGGCAAACCUGAUAUCGAUGAUGUCAAUGAAGCAAUGGACAAAGUUUUAGCUCUUGAUAAGGCAUAUCCACUUCCUCUACUUGAUGCUAUGCUUGAGAAAUUCCCUUCAAAAGUUGAACCUGCUAGGUGGUGGCCACAACAAAAGCGAAAGCAUGGACUUGGUGGGAAAAUAGAGGGAAAUAAUGGGUGGAACAGAAAGCUGGAGGAGGAAAUGAGACAAGUUGUUGGAGUUUUGGAGAAGAAAGAUUUAGCUGAGUACACUAGGUUGGGUGGCAAAGCUCUAAAACUUAACAAAUUCUUGGCAAUUUCUGGACCCUUGUUAACCGUUUUAGGGGCUUUGGGAUCUUCCUUUGUGGGUACUACUCAUUCUUCAUGGCCUGAGAUGAUGGGAAUCAUAGUGGGUGCAAUGGCAACUGUAGUGAACUCAAUGGAACAUGGCGGCCAAGUAGGAAUGGUGUUUGAGAUGUAUCGGAGUAAUGCCAGCUUCUUUAAGCUCAUUGAAGAGAGCAUAAUGUCAAACACCAAUAAGAAAGAUGUGGAGAGAAGAGAAAACGGAGAACUUCUUGAAAUGAAGGUAGCUUUGCAGCUAGGAAGGAGCAUAUCAGAGCUCAAUCAUCUUGCAGCAGCAGCAGCAGCAUCAUCUACAAGAAACAUGGAAGUAACUGAAGAAUUUGCUAGCAAGCUAUUUUAACAUGCUUAAAAAUUAUUAGUCUGAUUCUGAUAUAUGGUUCUUCUUACAUGACAAUUUCUGUCCACAUAUAUACAAUUCCCAAU